GUUUUUGAAGUGACAAGACGUACGGAUCAAUUCUCCAAACCAUAAGAUAGUUUAUUUUUAAACGGAUUUUAUUUAUAUACACACACAAUUUUAAAGUAACACAGCUUGUGAGAUUUUUGUAUUAAUUUAUCCUUACAAUGGUACCAGAGGACACAUCUACUGAAACUGUAAACGGUUGCCAAGGACAACCAGGCGGGUCAGCAAGCAGCAAAGCACCCCCAGGAUUCGCACCGUUAGAGUCUCAAGUAGAUGGGAGAUUUGAUGAACCACUCUGGAUAGAUGUCAAUUUCUCACACAACUUUAGUGACAUUUUGAAGGACAUUGUUGGAGAGGGAAAUAUCCUUAUGCUGGGUAACCCUGAAAAUACAACCAGAGAGGAAGGUGAGGCCCGGGACACGACGGCACCAACAUGGGCAAGAUGGUCGCAGCCUCAAUCGAAACAGAAUACCAGCUUACCAGAACCUAUACAUGAACUUAAAGACAUUCUGAAUGUAAUCUCUGGCAGCGACGUGGGCGAUUUCUCAAGCUCUUCCGCAGAUACAUCAACCGAUAGUUCCAUUUUCAAUUCCGAUAUUCCUGAUUAUGGAUCGAAGCACAGUUGGUUGAGCCAGGAAGAUCGCAUUUGGUCAGUGUCAACUCCUGACAUCUCUUCCGACAUCUCAAACCAACCCGAGCUGGAUGAGUCCGUCUUUGAACUUCAAGGUCUUGUAGAGUUAAUUGAUGCUAUGCCAAGAAACUUCGAGAAUCCCGUUGCCAGGCAACUAGAUGACUGUCCAUAUGGUAACCUAGAUAUCGUAGGUUCCCCACCCCUGAUCGCAUCCUCUACACCCGUUCACAAUACAAACAAGCAACCACCAGCCAACAUCUACAAACAAAAUAGUAAUUCGUACUUCUCCACCCCAGUACGCAUCCGUGAUCAAUUUAUGGGCUACGACGAGUCGCACAUAGACAAUGCUACUCCGUAUGAACGAUUUCUCACUUCCAUUGCAUCGUGCAAAACAUGCAAACAGGCCAACAAAACACACGAUUUGCCAAAAAGUUCUGGAAAUGACAAUAUUGUGGGUUCAACAGAAUGGCUCACGGGACUCUCGGGAGGUAUACUAGGUGAACUCCCUGCUAAUACGCCAAAGCCAAAGAGCAAACGAAUGGCAUCUUUUUCUCAGGGAGCCGAUCCGAGCCAAGCACCAGUGCUUCACCGAAACCGUCAUCUGUCUGAGUCUGCAUUGGAGUAUAUGAGAAACAAUCCCCCUCCCGCUAUUCCAGUGUCAAAGUCUGCUGUAAUAAAACCACCAGUGAGCCAGUCAACCGUCAUCCGACCUCCAGUUGCCCAUUCCGCUGUGAUCCGACCACCAGUAACCAAGUCCGCUGUGAUCCAACCUUCAGCGAGCCAGUCGUCUGUGACCCGAGCUCAAAUAACCGAAUCAACUGUGAUACGAGCAAUAGGAGCCCCAGAAACGCAUAGCAGCGCGAACAACACGGCACAGUACGCCCCUUGGUCACAGGCUGAGGGGGAUCUAGAACUGAUCAACUCUGAAUACGACCAACAGGAUUGGUUCAACGGUCAAACCGGCGCCUUCACAAAACCCUUGGUCGACUACACAUUCUACCCAGUGCCAGACAUGAAAGUCAUUGCCAAUGGAUUGACCAGCCACGAUGCUACAAUUGACACAGAACUAAUGUUCCAAUAAGCGCAGGGACAUUUCAAAUUUUAAGAGCUUUAAGCUGCACUCAUUGAAUUGCAUCUCUCGAACUGAAUCUCAACUUACUGAAUGCUGUUCUUUAAAAACAAUGUAUUGGAAUUUUAAAUGACAUUUUACCAAAAGGGAGUGUUUUUGAUGUAGAAUGGAUAUUUAUGAUGAUCGUUCCUUUGAUAGGUUAACAUGAAUCAAUGCAAUGGAGAAUAACUCGGGGGAUUUUUAUUUCUUUUAAUUAAUGUAAAUAUUGUUUUAUCCAAUUUUAUAGAUGUGAUCACCUAUUCGUAGACAGUUUAAGCACAUUGUAAUUAGAAGGCUAGGCUUGAUGUAGCCGGUUUGAGUUGACUUGUUAAAACAAAAAAUACUAUUGUUUGAUUUAAUGAAAGGCUCAAAACAAUAGAUCAAAAUAUGAAAAGGAGAAUCUCAAAAUUUUUCUAAAGUGCCAUCUAUGUGAUUAAACUUAAUGAAAGAUAGAUGGCAUCGUAUCCGUUCAUCUCAUAUAGCUUUUGGGCUUUUUGACUUGUAUUGUUUGAGUAACGGACUACUUAGCCAAACGCUGAAAACUUGCCAAUAUCUGGUCACUUAUGUGUCAUGGUUUUAAAUGUAGAUCAAUCGAUCAUCAAAGAAUUUUAAUUUUAAAUUCUUUUUUUUACCAAAGUAACAAAAUGGCAACCAGCAAUAUGAUACUUGAACAUAAAAUAAAUGAGCAUGUUUUAAUGGAUUUGAAAUGUUUUGUUAAGAGUAAUACAAACCUUAAAACAUUUAUAAUUUCAAACAAAUGAAUAUACAUGCUAGAGUCUCUAACAUGUCUAAUGUACUACUUAAGGGUGUCAGAAGUGCAGACUCUACAAAGUACAAUAUACGGGUGUAAUAUAUAACAACUUGACAUGAUUUUAAGCUUGUCCCGAUCUAUAUUAAAAUGUUUCUCAACAUAAAUUUAAAGACUGUAGGUGUAGUUUCUCCAAACCUCAA